CGUCACUUAAACCUUUAAAGCGUCCGUCGCCCAUAUAAAAUGUCUCAGUAUUCGACAGCCAGCCGCAACAUGAACGGCAUGAAGACACAGUCGCCGACACUGACGAUGGCAAACAAUGACAGCGAGCCUCUGCCCCUCGGCUGGGAAGUAAAAAUCGACCCUCACACGGGAUGGCCCUUCUUCGUGGACCACAACAACCGCACGACAACCUGGAAUGACCCUAGACAUGACACAAAAAAGGUAAGAGACGUGUCUGCAAAUGGUCCUAACAUACCACCAGACCCAAGCCCUAUGGAAACACAGAAGAAUUUUGUGAGGGAGAUGAAGCACCCCAUUCUUCGCCCUGGUUAUGUUCCCAUCCCAGUCUUCCAUGAGGGGGCAGAACUGAGGCAGCAACAGCAUCCAUGUUACGCCUACAUUCAGCCAACCACUGCACAGAAUAUCCGCACGGAGGGGCGAACGCCUUCCCCAACACCUGGGCUCCACUGCAGGCCCCGAUCACCCUUACAUGGACCCUCUGAGAGUUGUUCUACUGAUACUGGGAUGGUCGGCUCACCUGUUUCACAAACAGCAGAGCUGUACACUGCCCCACAUCACCAACCCUCGUGGCCCAGCAGCACUGGUCUUCAGGCAGGUUAUAUCCCUAUCCCAGUGAUCCAUGAGGGUGGAGGAGGUUCAGUACAAACACAGGCUCAGUUAAAUCCCUCUGGCUACUCUCAGCGUGACCCCUUCUCAGAGCAACAGCAGCCCUUUCAUCGCCAUCAGACGGACGAAUGGCCUGGCUACUCUGCAGCAAUGCAGCCCCCCCGGGAAAGGGCAUCUCCGAUACUGCUUCCCCAGCAUCGUGAUGCUGCUUCUAUUCACCUACCACCUCAUAUUAGAAGCCAUUCACCUAUCAUAACACAAGUGCUUGGAGAAAGACCACAGGCUCAGCAGCAUGUCAUCACAAGAGACCCUGCCCAGAAAAUGGAGCAGGAACAACAAAGCACGCAGCAGAAACCUGAGAACAUGCAGCUCCCCCAGCCACUGCACACAGAAGCCGAGGUCCAAAAGCCUCAACAACCUCAACACUUCCAACAGCUUCCACCUCAGCAACCGCAGUUCCAGCAACCGCAGUUCCAGCAACCGCAGCAGUUCCAGCAACCUCAACAUUUCCCACAGACACCAUCUCCAACAUCUCCACAGCCUCAGCAGUCUGAACAGUCACUGCUGGCACCACAACAGUACCUGCCGCCCCAGAAACCAGAGCAACCACAGCAACACAUGGCUGAUAUUAAAGUUCAAAUACCUCCACCAUCAGAAGCCCAAGACAUCACAGCUGAUCCCCCAGAGGUACCACCUGUAAAGGUAGAAGAUGAACAGGCUGCUCAGUGCCCAAGUCAUCCAGGCUUGACUAAAGUAAGGCAGAUAGUUGAACGGGUUGCUAAACUGGAGCAUGAGGUGAAGUGUUUUGAUGGGAAGAAGAAUGAUAAGAAGUACUUGUUACUUGAGGAACUGCUGACCAAAGAGCUUUUAGCACUGGACUCAGUUGACCCAGAGGGUCGUGUAGAUGUACGGCAGGCGAGGAGGGAUGGAGUCCGCCGUGUUCAGAACAUACUGGAAGCAUUGGAGCAACUGGAGGAGCAGCAGGCUAAAUCUGACUGUGAAACCACCAUGGAGGGAGAGAGCCUGAUACAGAAAGGAGAGCCCAGCAUGAUCACCAAGGAGAGUGCCGAGAUGGCAAAGGAGAUAUCAUAAUAAUGACUUCACACUUCAUCAUCAAGAGGAGAGGAAGAUGGCCUGCUGUUCACAUAUUUGAUAGUGAACAAGUGUUCUCUGGAGAAGUCUCCACCUCCUCUGUCUACAGCAUUUGUAGAAGUUGCAUGCUUCAACAGUGUUGGUAUUUCCUGCCAUUCAGCACAUUACGAAUGGUAACUCAGUGCAAUCAUUUUCAAGCCAAUGUUGUUGCCUUCUAUGUGGUGCCAAUGUUGUCAAAUUAAGACAGUUGUCAUGAUCAAUGUGUGUGACAACAAUUUCUAGUCAAAGUUUGAAUAAGAGGCCUUUAUCAAUAAAUGAAAGAUAACUAGAAGUAUUUUCUUAAGAGAUGUUAUAUGGAGUGGCCUUUUGUCUCAUUCAGAUAUUGUAUGGAGCUUUUCUUAAUCCACCAGGUCAGUUAGUUCAUGAGUGCAAACACUAGGGCCUCAAGGCAGAACUGACUGCAGAGAAGCACUGUCCCUGUUGUGGCCACACGGCCAUGUUUGAGCUUCUUCAUCACAGAACACAGUGAUUAUGUUUGUUAGAUGCUGCUUUUUGGUGCAUUGCUGAUUUUGCCAUCUUUGCACCCGGCCAUCAUUGAAAUUGCUGACAGUACAGUACAGCAGCACUACAACUGAAAUAUAACUGCUACACAAGUUUUGAUUGAUGUGUUUGUGUGUUUGUAUGUGCAUUGGUUUACGUGUUAUUCAAAAACAUUAUAUCUGUAUUUAUAUAUCAUUAUAUAGUAUUUUGGUACAUUUAAGAAUGUAUAAUGAUGAGCAGAGGUGAGAUGGUGUGUCUUACUUGAGAUUUUAGACAAUCAGCACUUAGUGCUUGUCAGGAGCUGAAGAUUGUCACAAUGUCUUUGUAUAGUUACCAAAGCCACAAUCUGUAAUAACACUGACACAGAAAUGACCUUAAGCCUUAUAAACAUCAACUGUGAGAAAAUGUCCAAUUCAUUAAGAGAGGAAAAACUUCAAUUUAAAAUAUUUUUUCUUGUUUCCCUGAUUGUUAAGUAGUGUAUCAUAAGAGAGAGACUUGGUGUCACUGCCUAACACAACUUUACAAAUUAUGGAUUGUGGCUUAGAGUUGAUCAUUUGUGUUGCAGCCUGUUGUGUUGUUGAAAGCAAGUCAAUCUUAUUGGUACAAUUAUAAUAAAUUGUAUUUGACAUGGA